AUGUCAUCCUCUACGAAUGGCUACUCGCUACACCGGAACUACCACUCCUCAGCUCGAUUAAAUGCCCAAAAUCACCUAUGGAAGGAUGCCCUGGGCUACAGCUUGCAUCCGUGCAUCGGAAUAUCCCCGGACCAGGCCCCGCGCAUUGCAGAUAUUGGCACGGGCACGGGCAUCUGGAUGAUGGAUGUGAAGCGGGAAUACCCUGCAGCGCAGAUCGAUGGGUUCGAUGUCUCGCUCGCCCAAUGCCCGCCGCCGGGGUGGCUACCGGAUGGGGUUCGUCUGCGCGAGCUCGAUCUGUAUGAGCCGCUGCCCGCCGAACUGGAGGGGAUAUACGAUGUCGUGCAUCUGCGGCUGUUCUUUGUGGUCAUUCGGAAUGAUGACCCGAGUCCGGUUUUGCAGAAUUUGUUGCGCAUGUUGAAGCCGGGUGGCUGGCUGCAAUGGUCGGAACACAACUACGAGUCGUGGUCGGUGCAGUCCGUUGGCGGCAGAGAAACAACCCCAGCCUUGGACGAGAUGAUGAAGAUGAUGAAACAAACAGGCCUGGGACAAUGGGUGCCCGGCUUACCUGAUACCUUUGCACGACAUGGCAUGGUUGACGUGCGCAAGGAACUGCAUCCGUGUAGCCCGCACAGCCGAGUCUACUGGAGCCAGCUGCAGUUCAACUCCAAUGAGGAAUACAGCUACCUGGCAAUGGAUAACAGUUCGUCAGAUGCGGCUGGUCCGCGUCUGCGCGAUCUCAUCUGCCAAGCCGCCGACGAGUGUCGCCAGGGAGCGGGAUUCGACUUUACGAUAGAGGUGGCGCUGGGCCGAAAGCCGAUGAAUGACUCGUAG